AUGAAAGCUGUGCGCUUCCAUGGUAAAGAGGACCUGCGAUUCGAGGACAUUCCCGAACCAACAUGCGGACCUGGCCAAGUCAAAGUGAAGCCAGCAUGGUGUGGAAUUUGCGGGAGUGACCUGCACGAAUAUAUGGGCGGUCCAUCGCUUUGCCCGGAAUCCAAACCACAUCCCAUCACUGGCGAGACGGUUCCUUUGACCUUUGGCCACGAAUUCGCUGGCGUGAUUGAAGAGGUGGGUGAGGGCGUCUCCGAAAGAUUCAAGGUCGGAAGUCGUGUGGUUGUCGCGCCUAUCAUAUAUGAUGGAGAUUGUGGAGCUUGUCAAGAUGGACUGGUCAAUUGCUGUUGGAAGAACGGAUUCGUUGGGCUGAGCGGUUGGGGUGGUGGUCUUUCAGAACACCUUGUGGUUCCAGAGUACACUCUCUACAAUUGUCCGGACAAUGUUCCUUUGGAUGUUGCAGCACUCGUGGAGCCUCUUGCCGUAGGAUGGCAUGCUGUGAACUCCUCUCCAUUUAAGAGAACCGACACAGCACUAAUCCUGGGAGGUGGUCCCAUCGGUCUAUCAGUCAUCCAAGCCCUUCGCGCUCGGGGAUGCCAUCAAAUCAUUGUUUCAGAAGUCAGCGGUAUGCGAAAGCAAUUCGCAAAAGAUUUCGGCGCUCACGUGGUCCUCGAUCCAACGAAGGAUGACAUUGUUGCGAGAUGCCUUGAAUUGACGAACAAGAAGGGGGUCGACGUUACGUUUGAUGCUGCUGGUGUACAACCGGGCCUCGACCAAGCAGUCAACUCCCUCAAAGCGCGUGGUACCCACGUCAAUAUUGCCAUUUGGGAGAAGAGAUGCUCCCUAUGGCCCAACGACUUAGUAUUCAAAGAGCGAAGAUAUCUUGGAGUAGCAACUUACGUCAAAGCAGAUUUCCAGGAGGUGAUUGAUGCUUUAUCCGACGGCAGGCUCGACAUGGCUCACCAGAUGAUCACCAAAAGAAUAGGCAUGGAUCAAGUGCGGGAAGAGGGAUUCCUGACAUUGAUCAACGAUAAAGAGAAUCAGGUCAAGAUAUUGGUGGAGGGAAGCGGAGAGAAGUGA